AAAUAUUGCGGAUUGUUCCGCAAAAAUUCGGCAUCUGGCCUCUCCGCGAAGAAAAAGAUUUUAAAUCAAAGCAGCGGCACAAAGGCGUGCGCCUGAAGAAGUACAGUAACCCAAUCCCAGUUAUUUUGUUUUAUUUCAGGGAAAUUUAACACAAAAUAUCUAAAUGAAAGAGAGAGAACAAUGAAGUAACUGGGAAUGUGUUACUGUACUUCUUAAGGCGCUGCUUUGAUUUUAAAAUAAUUUGUUAGUGGCUAGACCGGAAGUCAUAGAGGCGAAAAAUUGGGAAAACCCCACUACCGAGCAUAAAACUCAAUGCAUCAAACAUCACUUGCAAGUUGAUCUAGAAGCAAACGCACAUUUUCUAGAGAACUGCCUACCGGUGUGCCUACUGAUGGCUACCUACAUUAUUAUGGAAUAAAGUAGGUGUAGGUCACCUUCUAGGCAGGGUACACCUGUCGUGUAGGCAGGCAUUCAUGUACCUGCCUGGUAUGUUUGUAGGCAGGAUUUAAAGAGAAAUGUCAACUGUCCAAAGACUUGUCCAGAAAAUCUCCAAAACAGUUUUUGCACGGUGAUAUUAUUUGCCUGCUUCCGCUGAUUUUUGUCCCUUGUUCUCUUUCUCUCUGUUUACAUUUGGUUCUGCCUGCAACACCUCCCUUCGCUUAUCAGAGAGUCAUCUCUGUAACUCCAGGCUCCACCCCCAUACCCCUGAACCAGAAAGUGUUCCAAAAAAAAUUGCAAGCUUUUCAGUUGCUCCGAAGUCGAGGUGUUCAACCUCUCGCGCUGUCUCAAGCUACACCAUUAUGAGUGGCAAUCAACAGUUAAUGAGCCCAAUGGGCUCUGUGAGCUCAUCUGCUGGCUCUGGAUCUCCUAGUCCAAUGUCAUCAUUUGAUCAUUUGUCAGAUGAAGAACUUGCUCAGAUCUCCGUUCGACAGCUCAAUCAGAAACUUAUGGGUCAAGAUAGAAACGUGGUGAUGCAAUGGAAACAAAAACGAAGAACUCUGAAGAAUCGAGGAUAUGCGUUGAAUUGCCGUGCGAGACGAGUCAAUAAUCAGGUACAACUGGAGGCUGAUAAUAUGAUGCUUCGAAAUCAGAUAAAAACUCUUCGAGAAGCUCUCAGUGAAGCCCAAAUGAGACUACAUUACUACGAGCCAGUGUUCUAUCAGGCAUAUCCAAGUAUUGUACCAAGUACGACGUCUCCAGUAACUGUAUCUCUACCAACAAUUGCUCGACCAAUACCAGUUCCACCUGAUUCGACAGCUACUGUCACCAAAUUCGCAACGGAUUUCAAGCAAAUCUUUUGAACUUUUGAUAUUAUCGGGACACCUGAAAGUGAAAACUGAUGAGCACACAAAUUUUCACUUUCAAAUGUCUCUCUCGCCUGUUUCCGAAACUCCUCCACAUUUCUUAUGUAUUAUUAUUUUUACUUCAAAUAUUUCCUUUCUCAUUCUUCAUCACACGAGUUAUUAUUUCCUUACCGAAUAGUCAUCGAUUGCGCCAACAACAAUACCUCUGACACCAAUCUCGCUACAGUAACCCCAUGACGUCACCCCCGUGUAGAUCACGUUCUCUUUGCUCCGUUCCUCCCAGUUUUCAGCACUUUGCACACUAUUACAGGUAUUUUAAAUGUUUUUUCCGAUAAUAUAAUCAAAGUUUUUCAGUAUUUUGCCUAUAUUAUGAAUUCAAUAAAUUUUUUAAUAUUAUUUA